AUGGGUUGCGCCACUGUAGUCGGUGAACCUGGUGUUGGAAAGACAGCAAUUGCCAAAGGAUUGGCUCAGCGGAUGGUCAACAGGGAUGUGCCUGCAUCACUGAUUGGACGAUUAUUUGCGCUGGACUUGGGGGCCAUUCAGGCCGGUGCAAGCUACAAGGGCCAAUUCAAAGAGCGGAUCAAAUUGAUUCUUAAUGAAGUCAAAAAAGCCACCAAAAAGGGAGAAAACAUCAUCCUGUUCAUCAACAAAAUGCAUCUCAUCAUGGCUGUUCAAGGCGCCAGUUCCGGCGGAAUGGAUGCGGCCAAUCUCAUCAAACCGGUCUUGGCUCGAGGCAAACUCCGUUGUCUAGGGGCUACCACUCUUGCCGAAUAUUGCAAGUACAUUGAGAAAGACGCGGCCUUUGAACGCAGAUUCCAACAAGUCAUUGUCAAUGAACCCUCAGUCCCCGAGACGAUUUCCAUCCUCCAAGGCCUGAAAGAGAAAUAUGAAACUCACCAUGGCCAACUCUAA